AUGUCCUACCACUCUCACACCCUCAGCUCGCCUCGAAGCGCAUCCUCCCAUGCCUUCCGUCCGAACCGAUCCGACGCGCCAGCAGCCAGUCCCUCAGUCUCGCCUACCACUACGACAAGCGCUCGCUUCAAUGCGGCCCUUGCAUCGAUGCCGUCGCGACAUGCGAGCCAGACUUCCGUCUCGUCGGUAGCUUCCGACAACUCGCUCGGCUUCCUUGGGCCGCACGAUUCGAUGCUCCCGACAGACGACGGGGCAUUUGGUGCGUUGCGGCGUGAGCUGAGUGCGACGGAGCCGCUCAACGGUCUAGGCGCGAGCGAGGAGGAUCGACCGGCGUCAGGAAGUUCCUCAAGACCAGGUCGUUUCUAUGACGAGCCUGAGCAGUUCGACACCCUCCGUGGACGGCCUUCGUACGAGAUGGGACGGCCCGACGAGCAGCAGGAUGUCGAGACUCUCGGUCGACCUGCCUCGAUCGAAGUCGACGGUUCGAUGUCUUUCCUCUUGUCGCCUCCUCCAGCAGCCCUCGACUUGGCCACUCCGAAUAGCCAGGCCAAGGCGAAAGAUCGGAGACCAGGCGAUCGCAGCUUCCCAGCACCGCUUCUCCUGAAAAGCGACCGGAGCUAUUCGUCCGGAGGCGGGAGUGCCAACCCGGCUAGUAGCCCGUACUUCCCGCCUACUGCGCCCCUCUCAAUCCCGCGCCGUCCGUCGGCGAGCACGUCCAUUGGCGGCUCAUCGUCAACCAGCGUCUCGCCAGCCGGUCCACCAAGUCGAGACUGGUCUCGGCGGGACGGGACUGGUCAGUCGUCAAGCUCGGGCGAGAGCUCUCGGUCCACCUUGCCGUACCAGCGACACCGCCAUCAGCAGUCUUCCACCUCCUCCCUUUCGCAUGGCUCGUACCUCCCUUACAACAGCUCUUACUCUUACGAGCCGCGCCAACUCGCCCCGUCUUCGUCUUCUACGCCUCCAUCCUCAUCUUCCUCUCGACCCGGGACACAAACAUCUCAUGCAUCAGAGAACGCCACUUCCGCGCCGCCGCCAUCCUUCUCGUCCUCCACCACUCCGCCGGGCACCUCUUCCGAGCCGCCCAUCUCUUCCCAAGCUCUCCUUCUUCACGUUCUCGCACUUCGGUCAGCAGCGUCCCCGAUGGCAUUAUCGCAGUCGCAGGGGCCGCUGUCACGCUCGGGAACGCCUCUCGCUGCGGGCGCUCCCAGCCAUCAGCGCAUCCGGUCAGCGGGGUCCACAGCAGCCGACUCGGAGUCGACACCUGCAGCUGCGGAAGAUCGCAACGCAGCUCGGCAGAGUACCUAUCACGGCGGACCGAAGCUCGAUACAGUCGACCUGAGCCACAAGCGUAUCGCCGAGGUCCCUGUCGAGGUCGUCGAGGAGCUCAAGGACGAGGUCGAGAAGCUUGCGCUCGGGUACAACCUGCUGAAAGACCUUCCACCUCACUUCGGCGAGCUCGGCAACCGCCUCAAGUACCUCAACAUCCGGGUCAACUUGCUUACGACCUUUCCCGCCGUCCUCUGCUCUAUGCCGUCCAUCGAGAUUCUCGACAUCAGCCGCAACAAGAUCCGCAAGCUUCCCGCCAACCCCGGCACGCUCGUCAACCUCAAGGUCCUCUCGAUCGCCAAGAACCGCAUCAAGCGUCUACCGGUAUGGUUCACGACGAUGUCGCACCUCAAGGUGCUCAAGCUCGACCACAACCCGCUCGAGUGGCCGCCGCGCGACGUCGCGACCUUCAGUCCGUCAGUUGCGGGCCAGCCGAUGUCGAAGCAGGAAGAGGCGGACGAGAUGCAGCGAUGGCUUCCGGCGUUGAUGACCUGGAUGCGCGAUCAUCAGGACAGCGAGUUGCAGCGGAUACAGGAUAAGGAGCGGGAGAAGAGACGAAGACCUAGCUUGGCUAUGGCGAGCGAGGAUGAGCGUCAGUCGUCGGAAGGGCGGAUACCGCGUACAACGAGGCUGCCGACAAGCGGGAGCGGUCACAUGCCGCAGAACUCGCUCACCGCGAUUCUCGAACCUGUCGCCCCUCUGCGGCUACCCUCGACCUCCCCGUCAUCCUCCUACGCCCGCCUCGCGCCCGACUCGCUCGAAGCAGACCCUUCCGCCCGACACAGCAGGAAUGCAUCGCAUUCGACCGCUCAGUCCGGCAACUUGACCCCGCUCUCGAGUCUGCGAGCGAAGAAGUCGCUCCCCGACUUGCGACAGAGCCACGCCGACAUCUUGGCGGAACGGCGGACCGGUCCAGGGCUCGACGCCGGGCCUGAACCUGCGCUUCCGAAUCUCGACAACCUGCCUCGAGGGCUUCUCGACAGUCAUUCGCGCCCUCCCAUCGCUCGCUCCCUUUCCGCGCGCCCCUCUACGGCACCAGACGACAACGGCGUCUCGACCACCUCCGACUCGACCGUGAUUCCCGCUCGGCCGAACCUGUUUAUGCGGUCGGAAAGCGCCCGACCCGUGGCGCGCUCAGCUGCCGAACCGGCGCUCACAAAACGGCAGGCGACUCUCGCGACUGGACGCCUGGUCUUGCAGGUCGAGGCCGAUCCAGCCGGUCGCGUCAAGCGGGCAGAGGUCAGCCGGCCUACGCCUGUCGAGAGCGAGCGCAGCAGUGGCGCCUACUUCCGACGUAUGUCGAUGCUGCCAGUCUCGACCAUCUCCAAGACCGUCCCUGUCGCCCUCCUCCAGUUUGCCGACGCCAUCCGGGGUAUCCUCUUCUCCCUCUCGCAAGUCUUCUCGGCGCUACGACAGUUCGUCGUCUUUGCGGCUCAAGAUCGCCUUCCUCCGCCUGUCGCUCGCAUCAUGAGCAUCGCCGACACCACCAUGACUGCCCUCAUCAACGCCCUCGACCGCUUCGACUCGAUCUCCCGCCGAGGUACACCUCCCGCGCCCAUCAUCCGAGACGUCUUUUCAUCCUGCCGCGACAGCGUCGCCGCCUUUGGCGAGCUCGUCACAGCCAUUCAGCCGCAACUCGCCUCUCUCACCCUCUCCGCCGAUCUUCGUUACACUCGUACACUCCUGCUGAUGCUUUACGGCGCUGUCGGCGAGGUCGCCAACUCAUGGAGCGGUGUCGCGCCGCUCAUCACCGACAUCGACGACCCGUCACUCGCCACCCUUGUCCUCCAGCCGCCGACCCCGUCUCCCACUAUCGAGCCGUCUGCGCAGAUCGAGCCAGGGCCUCGGCUCACCCGUCAGCGGUCCGUCACUCGCCGUCAUGCCGGCUCGUUCAGCGUUGAGGAUGUCCAGCUUGGCGCGAACUUGCCGCCUGCCGAUAUUCCGCCCGUACCGUCUCUGCCCGGCGGUCCGCUCGUUCUCGACGAAGGUGCCUCGGCAAACGAAGCGAGCGGGGGAAGCACCCUGCGCGCCAGGCCACCCGCGUCGGCCAAGUCGUCCACGUCCUCCAUCAGUUCCGUCUCGACCAGUCGAGCUGCACCUCCGCCACCUCUCGCCAUGCCGCCUCAGCUCGGCUACGAAGCUAUGGCCCAGAAGGCGUUCGAACACCCGAUCACACCAGGAGGAAUGGGCCUGUUUGACCGAGCUGGCGACUCGCGCGCGCCGUCUCGACAGAACUCGUUCUCCGCCUCUAUCCCGCCUGUUCCGGCCAUCCCGACUGGUGCGGGAUCCGCCAUGCCCGCUUCCUACCACCCUCACCGCGUCUCUCGGCCCGUCUCGACGCUCAAUGCCGACGAGACGUUCGUCGACCAGGCGGACUCGACCAUCUCGAUUGCGUCGGACGUCUACGGCAUGCUGCUCGACUCGUUCGAGGAUCCCGCCAUGUCUGAGCAGUUCGCCGACAUCGACUCGAGACGGAUGGACGAGCUCGUCGACCUGUGCAAGGCGGGACACGAGACGACGCAGCGGCUGCGCAGGGCAGUCGAGCGAGUUCGCGGGAAUGAUGGUCGCGGUCGGCUCAAGUUCACGACUUCCGACGCUCGCAAGCUUGGAGACGCUUCCUUCGACUUUGUCCAGAACGUCAUCCGUUCCGCCAAGCUCAUCAAGUCGAUCAGCCAGGACUUCCCCUUCCCGCUGCAGAUGCGCGAAGCCGUCGGCCAGCUCACGCUCGGCACGCGCGAGUUUGCGCGCCUGCUCUCGCACGCCCAGACUUCCUUCCGGCCGUCGCAGGUCGUUGCGAGGGAGGAGAAGGCCGCUGGUACGGCCAACGGCGGCGCGAGUCGGGAUGUGGGGAGCUUAGAUGCCAAAACUGCCGGUGGUGGGCCUGCAGGAACAGGUGUGAACGGCGGCUUCGCGGGAGGAGCGGGACCAGUAGGAAGAGACGUCCGGCCUCGCGACUUUGCGACCGGCUAG